AUGUUUCAUACCGUUUCUUGCCUAGUGGUCAAAAUCGUCCAAGCCGCGGAGAGGUCGGAGAUUGCCGAGAUCGAUGACUUCAUGAUCGCCCGGCUCCCGCUGCCCGAGAACCCUGAAAUCUGGAGGGAGGUUGGUUUAAUUCGCAAUAACAUCGUCUCAUCCAUUGCUACUCGCCAAAAACCAAACAGAAUCCCAGAUACCUCUACACAUCCCGCUAGAAUGAUGCGGAACGAGUCGACAGAUAGUAUUAGUCCCACGGAGGAUCAAGGAAACAUUGCCUCCAGCGAGACAUCAUCCGGGAGCGCUAAGGCAUCUCGCAAGUCAGACCAACCAGUCAAUUUUGCACCAAUCCAGAGCGGCACCUCGGGAAGCUCAGAGCUAGAUACCCGAGGCCCACAACUAGAUGAGGCAUACAUCGCACGUACUCUGUCUCAACGGAAGAGCCACGCCUCUGGUCAUGAAGGCGCCGAAUGGGAGCAGAUCGAACGAUUGAUUUCCCGGAUGUUCGGAGAUGAACGCAAGGCAAAUUCUGAAGAAGAGAAAACAAGACAUGUCGGAGUGGUAUGGAAAAAUCUCACAGUGAAAGGGCUGGGUAUUGGAGCUGCGCUACAACCUACCACCGGUGACAUCUUUCUUGGGAUUCCGCGAUUUAUCAAGGGUCUGUUAUCGCGAGGAACAAAAGGCGUGGGAGGGGGAAAGAAGGAGAUUAGAACAAUUCUGAAUGACUUCACGGGUUGCGUUCGCCCUACGGAAAUGCUUCUUGUUCUUGGCCGUCCUGGAUCAGGAUGCUCAACAUUUUUGAAGGUAAUUGGAAACCAAAGGUCCGGAUACGAGAGUGUUGAGGGAGAUGUGAGGUAUGGUGGAACUGAUUCCACGGCUAUGGCAAAAAAUUAUCGGUCAGAAGUUCUUUACAACCCGGAGGACGAUCUUCACCACGCCACGUUAACCGUGCGGGACACACUCCUUUUUGCAUUGAAAACACGAACCCCAGACAAGCCAUCUCGAAUCCCUGGUGAAACUGAAAAGGAGUACCAGCAGACAUUCUUAUCAGCGAUCGCCAAGCUAUUCUGGAUUGAGCAUGCACUGGGAACUCGUGUGGGCAAUGAGCUUAUUCGCGGGGUGUCUGGAGGAGAGAAGAAGCGAGUGUCGAUAGGAGAGGCCAUGGUUACAAAGGCUAGCACUCAGUGCUGGGACAACUCGACUAGGGGCUUAGAUGCCAGCACGGCACUAGAAUACGUUCAGAGCUUGAGAAGCUUAACCAACACCGCACAUGUCUCGACUCUCGUCGCCCUUUACCAAGCAUCUGAAAAUUUAUUUAAUCUCUUCGACAAAGUUAUACUCAUCGAAGACGGAAAAUGCGCUUUUUUUGGGCGCUCAGAGGAUGCAAAGGCCUAUUUUGAAAAUUUAGGAUUUGAGUGCCCACCCAGAUGGACAACCCCCGACUUUCUAACCUCUGUCAGUGAUCCAAAUGCAAGACGCAUCAAACAGGGAUGGGAGAAUAGAAUUCCUCGCACUGCAGAGGAAUUUCAAGCAGCCUACCGUGAGAGCCACGUCUUCAAAGAUGCACAAUCCGACAUUGAAGAAUUCGAGAAUGAGUUACGAGACACCAAAGAUGAGAGAGAAGCUGCUAGGGCACAAAUGACAAAAAAGAAUUACACAGUGCCAUUUUGGAAGCAGGUCAUGAUCCUCACACAUCGACAGUUUUUGGUCAUGUUCGGGGAUAGGGCUGCUCUGAUAGGAAAGUGGGGAAUCAUUGUCUUCCAAGCUUUGAUCAUCGGAAGCUUGUUUUACAAUCUACCGGACUCGAGCUCCGGCGUGUUCACACGAGGUGGUGUGAUGUUUUUCAUACUGCUGUUUAACUCUCUUCUUGCCUUGGCAGAACUCACGUCUGCAUUUGAGAGUAGGCCCAUAAUGAUGAAACACAAGAGUUUCUCCUUCUAUCGCCCAGCGGCAUAUGCCUUGGCACAGGUUGUGGUGGACAUCCCCUUGGUGUUCAUCCAAGUAGUUCUGUUCAACCUGAUUGUAUACUUGCUACCUCAUCCCCCCUGGAAAAUGCAUCCGGCAAGUCAUCCACUAUUCCAAGUAAUAUCUGACACUAACCACAGGACUUUUCAGUGGCUGAAGUGGCUUAUCUGGAUAAAUCCAGUUCAAUACGCGUUUGAAGCUUUGAUGGCAAACGAGUUUACUGGCUUUGAUAUUAGAUGCGAGCCACCAUAUAUCGUCCCCAGCGGUCCUAAUGCGUCCCCAUCUCACCAAAGCUGCGCCAUACAAGGUAGCUCACCCGAUAGUCUGGUAGUCAAUGGAUCGGAAUACAUCCAGACUGCCUACACCUAUACCAGAGCGCACCUUUGGCGUAAUUUCGGUAUAAUAGCCGCCUGGCUUCUGUUCUUUGUUUCCCUAACAAUGCUUGGAACGGAGCUCCAGAAGCCGAAUAAAGGUGGGAGCUCCAUAACAGUCUUCAAACGAGGGGAAGUCCCUCAGGCUGUUAAAGACGCGAUCGAGCAUAAGCGACCCUCCGGAGAUGAAGAAUCCGCUGAGAAAACACCUUCAAACCCUAGUCUUACCAGCGAUGAAGCAGAAAAGAAAGUUCAGGAAAUCGCCAAAAACACAUCAAUAUUUACUUGGCAGAAUGUGAACUAUACCAUCCCGUACAAAGGAGGGCAGCGAAAGUUACUUCAAGGUGUCAAUGGCUAUGUAAAGCCGGGGAGGCUCACUGCAUUAAUGGGCGCCUCUGGCGCAGGGAAGACCACGCUAUUGAACUCACUGGCUCAGCGUAUCAAUUUCGGCGUUCUGACUGGUGAAUUCUUGGUCGAUGGAAAGCCCCUUCCCAAGAGUUUCCAAAGAGCAACGGGAUUUGCAGAGCAAAUGGAUAUCCAUGAGCCAACAGCCACUGUUCGUGAAUCUUUGCGAUUCUCAGCUUUAUUACGGCAGCCCAAAGAGGUCCCACUCCAGGAGAAAUAUGAUUACUGUGAGAAAGUGAUCGAUUUGCUGGAAAUGCGAUCCAUCGCUGGGGCCACAAUUGGAUCCACAGGCUCAGGAUUGAAUCAAGAGCAAAGAAAAAGGCUCACAAUUGCGGUAGAGCUUGCCAGUAAGCCAGAACUAUUGCUUUUCUUGGACGAGCCGACAUCGGGACUCGACUCUUUGGCCGCUUUCAACAUUGUCCGAUUUUUACGGAGACUGGCAGAUGCAGGUCAGGCAGUCCUUUGUACAAUCCAUCAACCCUCAGCUGUUCUCUUUGAACAGUUCGAUGAACUUCUUCUCUUACAAAGUGGUGGGCGUGUUGUCUAUAAUGGAGCCCUCGGAUUUGACUCGAGAACGCUCAUUGACUAUUUUGAGCGUAACGGAGGCAAACAAUGUUCUCCACACGCAAAUCCUGCCGAGUAUAUGCUUGAAGUCAUCGGCGCCGGAAAUCCAGACUAUAGAGGGCAGGACUGGGGUGAUGUGUGGGAUAACUCUUCUGAAUCCAAGCAACUAUCAGACGAUCUGGAAAAGGUGAUCACUUCUCGUCGAAGCAUGCAAGAUGAUGAAAAUAUUAGAGAUGACCGGGAAUACGCCAUGCCUCUCUACUUCCAGAUAGUGGCCGUAACCAAACGUGCUUUUGUGGCCUACUGGAGACUUCCAGAUUAUAUCAUGGGGAAGGUAAUGCUGCAUAUAUUCACCGGCCUCUUCAACACUUUCACUUUCUGGCAUCUAGGCAACAGUUACAUUGAUAUGCAGUCUCGACUGUUUUCCGUUUUCAUGACACUCACAAUCUCCCCUCCUCUCAUACAGCAACUACAACCACGAUACUUGCAUUUUCGCGGUCUUUACGAGUCGCGGGAGUCAAAUUCCAAGAUCUAUUCUUGGGUCGCAUUCGUCGUGAGCACAAUUCUGCCCGAGCUACCGUACUCUAUCGUGGCUGGUUCUAUUUACUUCAAUUGCUGGUAUUGGGGUACUUGGUUUCCGCGUGACUCUUUCAGCUCCGGGUAUACGUGGAUGCUUCUCAUGCUUUUUGAAUGCUAUUACGUCGGCUUUGGUCAAUUUAUAGCAGCAUUUGCACCGAAUGAGUUGUUCGCAUCGCUACUGGUCCCGUCAUUUUUCACCUUUGUCGUGUCUUUCUGUGGUGUCAUCGUGCCUUAUGUUGCCAUGCCCCAUUUCUGGCAGUCGUGGAUGUACUGGCUCACGCCAUUCCACUAUCUCCUCGAAGGAUUCCUUGGGGUCAUCGCUCACAACGUCCCUGUUUCUUGCGUUGAGCGCGAAGAAGCGCGGUUCAGCCCACCACCUGGUCAGACUUGCGAGCAGUAUGCAGAAUCAUACGCAAAGCAGUCUGGCGGGUAUGUUCGAGAUGCUGGCAAUGGACUCUGCUCAUUUUGCCAGUAUUCUACGGGUGAUCAGUUCACUGCCAGUUUCAAUGUCUUCUAUCAGAAUAAAUGGAGAUGCUAUGGGAUUUUUUCUGCAUUUGUUGCCUUUAAUUUUAUGCUUGUUUUCCUAUUCUCGUGGUUAUAUCUUCAUGGAAUUGGGAACCUCAAGCGAUGGCUUAGCAAACGUAAGACUCAAAAGGGGGAUAUUAACACCUCAAGCUCAUGA